ACGUAACGCACCGGUAAUCCUCUUAGUCCAUUCAUGUGUCAAUCUCAAGUUAUGGUCAGCUAGAAUUGGCUCAGUUAUCAGUGUAAGUCGAGCUCGAGACGCGUUCUGUUUGCGGCCAACUGCGCGCAUAUCGGGGACUCCAUAUAUAUAAAGAGAUCUUACGAAACCGUUAGCACAUUCGGACUAUAGCCUGUUCAGGAAGUCACCUGUAUCCUCUCUCACCGGACAACGCAAGAUGUUACUCUUACUGGUUAUCGGGAUGUCAGCUUUGGUAGAGAUAUUAGGUGCUAGUCCUGCUGUUGAUAGUCAACCUAGGCCUCAAGUCAUACGUUAUGACUUAGAUACAGAUAAUAUGCCGAAUUCUUAUAAAUAUCACUACGACGCAAGUGAUGGGUCGUCAAGAACGGAGCACGGCGCUAUGGUAGAUUCAGGCAAAGGGGAAAUGGCACUAGACGUCCUUGGCGCCGUCCGUUGGUACGACGAAAAGGGUCAUCUCUUCGAAAUGACGUACAAAGCGGGAAAAAGAGGCUAUAGGACAAUAAUAAAAAUGUUAUCUUAGAGAUCAUAUGAAACGAAAUUCAAACGAGACUGGAAGUGAUAAUGAUAAAAUAAUUUAUUUGA